GGGGCUUUGAUAGAUAUCUGUGCAGGGAUAGAGCAUUUUUAAUGCCAACAGGGACUUUGGAAACAAUUGAGUCUAAACACCCUCACUUAUCAGAUUAAAAAACCGAGCUCCUCUCCCGCAAGAGGUAAAGUGAGUCACCCAAAGUCAUCCAGCUAGUUAGUAGAAGAGCUAGAACUAGAAUCCAGGUAUCCUGAUCUCCAGUCUCAGCUGACUAUGUAGAAAGGGUGAGAUAUGGAAAAGAUGUGCAUUGGAGAUGAGACAAAAUUAUGAAUGAGAAAUUUAGCAAAACCUUCUGUGGAUUAUUCACUGGUCAGUAUUGGGGGGGUGAAGAGGGGUAGGGGGUGGUGUAGGAAGAAAGAUUACCCUGGGAGUUAGGAAAUUUAUGUUCUAGACCUGACUAUGACCACAUCUGCAAAGUGCAGGCUUAGACAAGUGAUCUAAUACAGCCAUGUAUUUGUUUAACAUGCAGUUAUUUCCAAUAAUACAUCGCACUAUCAUAUCAUCUGAUUUUUGAAACUUCCCUCUGUGAUGUGCCGGAAGGACAUCCUUAUCCCUUUUUUGCAGAUAAGCAAACUGAGGUACAGAAAGGCAAAUAGUUAGCUAAACAAGAAAUGCAGGGUUAGAUCUCCUGGAUGCUUCUAGUCCAAUAUUCUCUCCAUGAUACCGUGCAUAUAACAAGUGGAGGACAAGGAUGGCUAACCAAGUCUAUCACUUUAUUAUAUUACAGAUGCAUUGUGAGAGGUUUCUAUGCAUCCUGAGAAUAAUUGGAACCACACUUUUUGGAGUCUCGCUCCUCCUUGGAAUCACAGCUGCUUAUAUCGUUGGCUACCAGUUUAUCCAAACGGAUAACUACUAUUUCUCUUUUGGACUGUAUGGUGCCUUUUUAGCAUCACACCUCAUCAUCCAAAGCCUGUUUGCCUUUUUGGAGCACCGAAAAAUGAAAAAAUCCCUAGAAACCCCAAUUAAGUUGAACAAAACAGUCGCUCUUUGCAUAGCUGCCUAUCAAGAAGAUCCCGACUACUUAAGGAAAUGUUUGCAAUCUGUGAAAAGGCUCACCUACCCUGGAAUUAAAGUCGUCAUGGUCAUAGACGGGAACUCGGAAGAUGAUCUUUACAUGAUGGACAUCUUCAGUGAAGUCAUGGGCAGGGACAAAUCAGCCACUUACAUCUGGAAGAACAAUUUCCACGAAAAGGGCCCCGGUGAGACAGAGGAGUCGCAUAAAGAAAGCUCACUACAUGUAACCCAGCUGGUCUUGUCCAACAAAAGUAUUUGCAUCAUGCAAAAGUGGGGUGGAAAAAGAGAAGUCAUGUACACGGCCUUCAGAGCCCUGGGACGAAGUGUGGAUUAUGUGCAGGUUUGUGAUUCAGAUACCAUGCUGGACCCUGCCUCAUCCGUGGAGAUGGUUAAAGUUUUAGAAGAAGACCCCAUGGUUGGAGGAGUUGGGGGAGAUGUCCAGAUUUUAAACAAGUAUGAUUCCUGGAUCUCCUUCCUCAGCAGUGUGAGAUACUGGAUGGCUUUUAACAUAGAAAGAGCUUGUCAGUCUUAUUUUGGAUGCGUCCAGUGCAUUAGUGGACCUCUGGGAAUGUACAGAAACUCCUUGCUCCAUGAAUUUGUAGAAGACUGGUACAAUCAGGAAUUUAUGGGCAGCCAAUGUAGUUUCGGUGAUGACCGGCAUCUAACGAACCGGGUGCUGAGUCUAGGCUAUGCAACAAAAUACACAGCUCGAUCCAAGUGCCUUACUGAAACACCUAUAGAAUAUCUCAGGUGGUUAAACCAGCAGACCCGCUGGAGCAAGUCCUACUUCCGAGAGUGGCUGUACAAUGCCAUGUGGUUUCACAAACAUCACUUGUGGAUGACCUACGAAGCGGUUAUCACUGGAUUCUUUCCUUUCUUUCUCAUUGCCACAGUCAUCCAGCUCUUCUACCGGGGAAAAAUUUGGAACAUCCUCCUCUUCUUGUUAACUGUCCAGUUAGUAGGUCUCAUAAAAUCAUCCUUCGCCAGCUGCCUUAGAGGAAAUAUCGUCAUGGUCUUCAUGUCCCUCUACUCGGUUUUAUACAUGUCAAGUUUGCUUCCCGCCAAGAUGUUUGCGAUCGCAACCAUAAACAAAGCUGGGUGGGGCACAUCUGGAAGGAAAACCAUCGUUGUUAAUUUCAUAGGACUCAUUCCAGUAUCGGUUUGGUUUACAAUCCUUCUGGGUGGUGUGAUUUUCACCAUUUAUAAGGAAUCUAAAAAGCCAUUUUCAGAAUCCAAACAGACCGUUCUAAUCGUUGGAACAUUACUCUAUGCAUGCUAUUGGGUCAUGCUUUUGACGCUGUAUGUGGUUCUCAUCAAUAAGUGUGGCAGGCGGAAGAAGGGGCAACAGUAUGACAUGGUGCUUGAUGUAUGAUCUUAUAUUGUUUGAUGUUUGCAGUCACACACGCAGACACACAUAACACCUUGGUUCCCCUAGAAACUGUACGGUAUUGUGGCAUCAGAUAAUGCCACCAAGAGAGACAUAUCACUGCUGCUGGGACUUGAACAAAGACAUUUCUAUGAGUUUAUUUUGAUUCUGCCAAAGUAAAAUGAUACAUCAAACAAGAAGAAACUCAGAUUUAGCCUUUGAUUCCUAUGAAAAUGGGAUGGCUUCUUUGUUUAUGCACUUUUUCCUUACUGUGCAUCCGCCUGACAGUGUUUUGCCCUAUAUACCUCACUAGCCAUGCUUUAUGUGGGUUAUCAUGGAAGAAAAGGAUUUUAGAAACUCAAGGAAAGUUCUUUCAACCUAUACAACCUAACUUAUGGACUGUUUUGAUCGCUAAUCUUUUUAGGAAGGAUUUUAUGUUUAACUCUACCAAAUGAAAUGCCAAAGGAAAUUUUAAGCCGUUGGCUAUGCUGUAUUUUUAUAUAAUUGUACUGUGUUUUAAAAUUUUGUAUGCCAAUUUUUAAAACAAAUUUUGCAUAUUCUAUAUUUUACUUCUCUGCCAAAAUACACUUGUUCUUCCUUUUUUUUUUAUAAAAUAGGUUUUGAAAAAAUUCAUACUUAAAAAAAAUCCUGCCCAAAAUGUGAAGCUUGGUUGAAUCAUGUUGUUGAUGAUAGAAAGAAUAAAAUGUUGCUCUCUCUCUCUAACUUUUAAAAUUGAAUAGUUUAUUUCUGUGAAAAAGUAUUUAAACUUUGGAUAUUUUAACUUCUUUUUUUUCAUUUCUUUUAGAAAAGGCCAAUGUAACUGUCACACCUUGGGAGUAAAAGUACUAUAUUUUUAAGCAAGUAACAGGUGACUUCUACAUUUGUUUACCAACCAUGC